AUGACAUAUGUUGCAAUAGUGGGACAUAGUUUUGUAAAACGCCUUGACCGCGCGCUCGAGGGUUCAUUGUCAAACCUAGGAUUUGAUAACAAUCCAAAGGAUAUUGAUGUGCAGUGUAUUGGCAAAAGUGGAGGCAAACGCACAAUAUCUUAUCAGUUACGACUCAUACGGCCGGAUUUGGUUUUGCUACAAAUCGGAGGACAGUUUGGCUCCCCUACAAUCAGCGUUGGUAUAUUCAUCACAUAUUUGAUACCGACAUUAAUUUCAAUUUUGGACUCGAUUGCGGAUUAUUAUGCAUGCGCCAAAGUAGUCAAUGCGCCACCUCCACCUUUCCAUGCUAUUACCAGAGGUCUUGCCACAGAGGGUUUCUUCAGCUUUUUAGCGGGAAGUUUCGGUGUGGGCCAUGCAACUACGACAUACGGUGGAAACAUUGGGAUCAUUGGAGUGACGAAGGUUGGCAGCCUGCGAGUUUUUCAGAUGUUUGGAGUGCAAUUGGUGGUGGUGGCCAUGAUUGCGAAGUUGUCUGCUUGCUUUGUUGCUAUUCCAUAUCCAGUAAUUGGUGGCACCACCUUCAUAAUGACGGGGUCGUUCUUUGGUAUCAUCUUCUCAAACCUCAGCUUUGUAAAUCUUAAUUCAACGCGGAACCUUGUCGUUAUUGGAAUGUCCCUUCUCUGCGGUCUAAUGAUCCCACUUUGGUCGAAGCAAAACAUGGACAAGUUGGAAACAGGUAUACAACAGUUAACUUAUCUAGUGAAAAUUCUGAUGACAAACGCCAGCUUUAUGGGUGGAUUGGCAGCAUGCCUCCUCGAUAACACCUUACCGGGAACGCGCGAGGAUCGAGGGAUACUGGCUUGGAAGAAUGAUUUAAAUGAUGAAGAAACCGAUACCCCAGACUACCAGGAAAACACAGAUACGACAGAAACUUUACAAAAUUGUGAUGGACGAAUUACUCAACUCAUCACUGAAAAAUAUCCUGAUCAAAGAUUACUUAACAUGGACGUAGAUAUGAACCCAUUUCAACUUCGACACUUAGAAUGCCCCAAUAGAUCUGGUGAAUCCAAUGCUAAUUUGACAGAGAAAUAA